AUGGGUCAUAGUUUGAUCCCACAAAGCGACCUUAAGCACAGCAAGCAGACAGACGUUGGUGUAACCCACUUUAGAAGCGGGAUGAGCCAUGAGGAAGAUCAGCUCAUACCAAACUUGUACCGUUACAUACAGCCAUGGGAAAGCGAGUUUAUCGACUCACAGCGCGUGUGGGCAAAGUAUGCUUUAAAGAGGCAGGAAGCGCAGGCCAAAAACAGGCGUCUUACAUUAGAAGAUCUUGAAGACUCUUGGGAUAGGGGCAUCCCUCGUAUAAACACACUGUUCCAGAAAGAUAGGCACACGCUAGCGUACGACAAAGGCCGGAGGGUCCGGACCGAGUUUAAGCAGUACCAAGUCCUUAAACAAAACCCUUUCUGGUGGACGCACCAGAGGCACGACGGGAAGCUGUGGAACUUGAACAACUACGGAACCGAUGUUAUCCAAGCUCUUGGAGGCGUCGAGGGCAUUCUCGAGCAUACGCUCUUCAAGGGAACGUAUUUCCCUACGUGGGAGGGUCUUUUCUGGGAGAAGGCAUCUGGUUUCGAGGAGUCGAUGAAGUACAAGAAGCUGACGAACGCGCAGAGGUCUGGUCUGAACCAGAUUCCUAACAGGAGAUUCACUCUCUGGUGGUCGCCCACGAUUAACCGGGCGAAUGUUUACUUGGGUUUCCAGAUCCACGAGAGUGUAGUCAUGGAUCUUUGCCAUGAGCUGGAGGCUUUGGAGAUAGAAACUGUGCAGAAGGAGACGAUUCAUCCAAGGAAGAGUUAUAAGAUGAACAGCUCUUGCGCUGACGUUCUUCUAUUCGCUUCAGGUAAAUGGCCAAUGUCGAAACCUAGCCUGCUCGCCGAGUCAAAAGACGCCUUCGACCAGAAGGCGAGUAACAAGUACUGGAUCGAUGUGCAGCUUCGAUGGGGAGGGGGAGAUUAUGACUCCCACGAUAUUGAGCGUUACGCCAGGGCCAAGUUUAUGGACUACACAGCGGAUAGCAUGUCUAUCUAUCCGUCUCCGACCGGGGUAGUGAUUGGGAUUGAUCUUGCGUACAACUUGCACUCCGCAUUUGGUAAUUGGUUUCCUGGUUCGAAGCCUCUUCUUACUCAAGCGAUGAAUAAGAUUAUGAAGGCGAAUCCGGCUCUACCCGCGUUGAGGGAUAGGAUAAGGAAAGGCUUGCAGCUAUACUCGUCCGAGCCCACGGAGCCGUAUUUGUCAUCUCAAAACUAUGGGGAGAUAUUCAAUAAUCCGAUUAAAUGGUUUGUGGAUGAUACCAAUAAGCGUCUUGGACAGUUGGCGAAAUGGAAAACUGCUGAAGAGGUUGCUACGCUUGUGAGGUCUCUCCCUGUUGAAGAACAGCCGAAGCAAAUCAUUGUUACACGUAAAGGAAUGUUGGAUCCGUUCGAGGUUCACUUGCUGGACUUCCCAAACGUUGUUAUCAAGGGAAGCGAGCUUCAGCUUCCGUUCCAGGCUUGUCUCAAGAUUGAGAAGUUCGGCAAUAUGAUUCUGAAGGCGACGGAGCCGAAGAUGGUUUUGUUCAAUAUCUAUGAUGAUUGGUUGAAGAGUGUUUCUUCUUAUACCUGCUUUUCGAGACUUAUUCUAAUCCUACGCGCGCUUCAUGCGAAUAACGAGAAGGCUAAGAUGCUGUUAAGGCCAGACAAGUCUGUUGUCACUGAGCCGCAUCACAUGUGGCCAUCACUCACUGGUGACCAGUGGAUGAAGGUGGAGGUAGCACUAAGAGAUUUAAUCCUUUCUGACUACGCGAAGAAGAACAACGUCAACACUUCCGCUCUGACGCAAUCAGAGAUGAGAGAUAUUAUUGUAGGAGCUGAGAUCACUCCACCCUCUCAGCAGAGGCAACAAAUAGCUGAGAUUGAGAAACAAGCCAGCCAGGCUGUUGCAGUUACAACGAAAACGAGAAACGUUCAUGGAGACGAGCUCAUCGUCUCCACCGUCACACCCUACGAGCAAGCUGCGUUUAACUCCAAGACGGACUGGCGCGUGCGUGCAAUAUCAGCAACCAACCUCUACCUAAGAGUCAACCACAUCUACGUGAACUCAGACAACGUAAACGAGUCCGGAUACACGUACAACAUGCCGAAGAACCUCCUGAAGAGGUUCAUAUGCGUAGCGGAUCUCCGCACCCAAAUCGCUGGAUACUUGUACGGUGUCAGCGCCCCGGAUAACCCUCGAGUGAAGGAGAUCCGUUGCGUUGUGAUGAAGCUGACUCAAAGUGACGGGAGGAGCGAUCCUCGGGGUUACGUUCCAACGCAUUAUGAGAAGGUUCAGAUGCUGUUGAGUGUUCGUUUUCUUGGGUUUUAUAUGGUUCCUGAAAACGGAUCUUGGAACUAUAAUUUUAUGGGAACGAAGCAUGCGGUGGAUAUGAAGUACAGCGUCAGACUUGGAUACCCGAAGGAGUACUUUGACGUGGAGCAUCGACCUACUCAUUUCUUGGAGUUUAGUAGCAUGGAGGAUGUUGAAAUGGCCGAGGGAGAUCGAGAGGACAUCUUUGGUUGA